AAAAUAUUUCUAAAAAUUAAAAAAAUGUUGGAAACUAUAACAGCAGUACAACAACCAAAAGUUUUUUCUUUUGAAAAAAUAGUAAUUAUUGGGACUGGACUAAUGGGGACUGGAAUUGCCCAAGUAGCAUUAGAAUCGGGUAUUCAACAAGUUACCGUUGUUGGCCGAAGUUUAGAUAAAUGUGAAGAGGCUAAGAAAAAAGUUUUAUUAGGAAUACAAAAAUCAACAAAAAGAAGAAUGUCUAAUGAAAGUUUAGAGCUUCAACAAAAAUAUAUUGAAUCUGUUAUUAAAAAUUUAAAAUUUGUUUGUGAUUUAGAGGAAGCUAAUUUGUUAAAUGUUGAUAUGGUUAUUGAAGCUGUUGUUGAAAAUUUAAAGGUAAAACAAAAAUUAUUUGUUGAUCUAGAAUCCCGUGUAUCAGAAAAUUGUUUAUUAGUUACAAAUACUUCUUCGUUCCUUUUGGAAGAUGUUUCUUGUAAAAUGAAUGAAGAUCGACUUAAAAACUUUGGAGGACUUCAUUUCUUUAAUCCUGUUCCAGCAAUGAAGUUAGUUGAAGUUGUUAAAGGAAAUAAAACUUGUGAUGAAGUAAAUGAAGCACUUUUUCGUUUUUGUCAAAAAAUAGGGAAAAGUCCAGUUAAAUGUUCGGAUUCCCCUGGAUUUAUUGUUAAUAGACUUUUAAUUCCUUAUUUGGCUGAUUCUAUGCGUUUAGCAGAAAGUGGAAAUGCCUCACAUAGAGAUAUUGAUGCUGCUAUGAGAUUGGGAACUGGUCAUCCAAUGGGUCCAUUUGAAUUAAUGGAUUAUAUUGGUUUGGAUACAAUGAAAUUUAUAAUGGAUGGUUGGCAUCAACGUUGCCCGGAUGAUCAUCGUUAUACUCCUUGUGAAAGUCUUGAGCGUUUAGUUACUUCGGGGAAAGUUGGAAGAAAAUGUGGGGAAGGAUUUUAUCGUUACACUGCAGCAAAUAAACAAUAA